CAGGCUGUAACCCGUCCUACAACCUCUCCCUGUUUGGCGAACAGUUCGAAUUUUGGGUAGCAACGUAUACCAAGUGAAUCUGUAAUUUUGGUUUCAGAGAUUCCUCCACUCCAAGUAUGGCAGCCGCAAUUGCUACUACCCCGAGGCAGUCCUCCAUAUCCACUCCGGCUUCCCUGUCGUCGCCUACGUUUGCUCAGCACAAUUCGCCUCAGAUCCCAAUGCCACACCCGCACCGAAAGGAAGUGGUGUGCGUCUUUGUAGUUGAAGGCACUGCCAAAAUGCAGCCCUAUUUUGCUACUCUUUUUGAAGCGUACUUGGAACCUAUCCUCAGACAAUUAAGAGCGCCCAUCAUCACUGAUGGCGAUGAGAAGCAAGCAAAAACAAAGGUCACUCCAAUCCUAAAGUAUGGUUUGGUCGUUUAUGGCGAUUAUGAGCCAUCAUCCACGGUGACAGUCGACCGAAAAUACUUUACGUCGGAUUUCAGUUUAUUUCACAGCGUGUUCAAGAAUAUCAACUGCUCACAAGGCGGAAUUCUGAAGAAUGCAGUGUAUGAAGGUUUAGUAGCUGCCUUGGAGCUUUUUGAUGACUACAAGCUGAAUGCUGAACCAACGUCCAGCGAUCCAAUCUUUCACUGCAUUCUGGUCGCAGCAAGCUUACCCUAUAAUAUGAGUGUUCGCUGUAAUAUUUCAGAGAAGUAUGAUAAAUUUGGAUUAUCGAAUAUAGUGGAAGAGAUGCGCAAGAACAAUGUACAAAUGUCAUUGGUUUCACCGCGUAAAGGCUUUCAUGAGCUCGAAAGGCUGCCUGCGAUGGUCAACAAUAAGAAGACCGAGAUUAACAAAAUAACAGACACUAUCAACCCACUACAUGUUGUUCAGCUCGCCGGUCUUAAACUCCCAACCCCUCAGGCAACGCCAGCUCCAACGCCGCCAACAUCUGCUAUCCCGUCAGUAGGCGGUGUUCCGAUCAUUGAUCAAACCAAAGCACGAAAAUCGGUGAGCUCCCCUGGAGCUUCUCAAACUACAACUGCUACGACGCCUGCAAGUAAGAGAAUGAAGCGAGACAACUCGCCAGGCACGAUAAAUAUACCAAAACCGGCUAUUGAUACGAAGACUAUCAACGAUCCAGCGGCCGUGGCUGCUGCAGGACCAGCAGUCUCCAAGCCGCCGGUUGUUCAUCAUCAACCAACACCUCAAGUUAAACCAUCACCCACAUCAACAGCAUCCAGCAAGCCUUCUCCCGCAUCCAUUAAGAUUGAACAAGGUACACAGCCGAUUGCUAAUGUCCAUGCUGCACCUGUUACGCAACCUGUUCAGAUGCGUAAUGUACAAGGGACCAAACCACCACAGCAUCCUGGAAUGCCUCAGCAGAUGAACGAAAAUUUGCUAUUGCAGCAGCAGCAGCAAAUGCAGAUGCAACAACAACGUCCACCGCAGCAACAAACCCCUCAGCAACAACUUCAGCAACAGCAGCAAAUGCAGCAGCAACAGCAAAAACCUCCUCAAGCUCAGGCGCAGGCACAAGUUCAGCAGCAACAAGCUCUCCUGGCUUCCACAAUACUGCAGACCACCCAGCGACUGCAACAAGCUGGUCUCAAUCAGCAACAAAUCCAACAGCAAUUGAUGCAGCAAACCGGGCUUACGCCUCAACAACUUCAGCAGUUCCGAAUUCAGCAACAAAGGAAUGCGUUGAUGGCAUCCGGAAACCUCACCCCACAACAGCAACAGCAACUAUUGUUGUUACAGCGUGCUCAGCUCAAACAAAACGAGCAGAUUGCUCGAAACGAGAGUACUGCUCCCAUCUCGGCUAUGAACAAUAUGGCAUUUGCCAACCAACAGCAGCAGCAACAACAACAAAUUGGUUCCAUGCCACCGUCUAAUUCUCCCACGGUGUCGAUGGCCAAUACCGGCUUAACUCCUACGUCACUUCAAAAUACCCUCCAACAGCAGAGAAUGGUGCUGCAGCAACAAUUGAAUGCAAGCAGCCCAAAUGCUGUCGAUGUCGGUAUGGGUAUGCAGCAACGGCCCCAGAUGGCAGGUCUACACCAGGGCUUGACACCUCAACAGUUGCUUCAGCAACAACAACAACAACAACAACAGCAAUCUAUUCCGCAAGGGAUGCCAGCAUCCCCUAUAUGGACUGGGCAUAUUGUGUGGAGCAUCAAAACCCCACAUGGAGCGUUGACAGAAUUUGCUUGUCAUUGUGGUGCAUACCCCGUUGCUCUUCGAGGUAGUAGUAACACGGCUGUUGCCGUUGACGGCUAUCAACCAGAAUUAUGGCCACAAAGAAUUCAGAUCACUGGAUUGUCACCUCUUGCCAAAGCUGCAUUAUUACAAAAGCAAGCAUUAGAGAACAAUCUGCCCUACUGUCAGUUCCGACCUUCGGCUAACAGUACCAGCCAGGAUGUUAACAACUUUUCACUCCUCACUAAAAAUCUUGAACAACGAAAAUUUAUGGCAACGGCGGUGUUCAACAGCCCUGGGGUCAACCAGGCAACUGGAAUGCAGGAACAGCACCAUGGGCUUGUUUUGAUCUACUCUGCUGGAAAGCUCAUCGGUAUUGUAUUCACCAAAAUUCCUAUUCCUGAUAUUGCCAACAUGCCGACGCCUGGGGUACCAGCCAAUGCGCCGGCGGUGGUAGGAGCCGCUGCCAAACCGCCUAAUAAUCCUGCGGCCAUGCUCAAUGCCAAUAUGCAGCAGCCCACUGCCAACACUAAUUUGGCUUCGAAUCUCAUGAACAAUAACAACAACAAUAACAACGCCAAUAUGCAAAUGCUUCGUAAUCUGACCCGGCACCAGCAACAGAUGAUGACCGCUGCUGCUGGUAACCCGGCUGGUGCGGCGGUGCAGCCUGGGCAAAACGGCUUAAAUGCAAACAGUCUGCUCAUGUCCAACAUGAACCUCAAUAAUGCCAAUAUGGGUAUGCCACAAGCAAAUGGGGGCGGGAUGAACAUGAAUGCCGGGCAGCUCAACUUUAAUGGUCUCGGCUUGUCGCCGGAAACAGUGCGUGAACUUCAACAACGUAUACUGCUGGCGCAAAGGCAGCAUCAGCAACAACAGCAGCAGCCGCCUGGACUCUAAAAAUUUUCUUUUUAAUUCCUAUUCGCAUAAUAGAAACCAUCCCCUACGAGUGUCCAUUUUUCGUUUCUCUCAUUGUUGUACCAUAAACACAUAACAUAAAGUAAAUACACUUGGUUUCGAAUCUUUUGUUAUUAUUAAAAUUACAUUUGGCCGCAUUCUAAGGAGAUGGUAACAAUUAUUGGAGAAAAAGU